AUGAAUGCGUCGCUCCCGAACCCCGACUACGCGACCGAGACCGAUUUUCGGUGGCCUUGGUGGAAGUUCCGUCUUCCUCCCGAUGCGCUCUUUACUUCGCUACACAACCGCUUCAACACCCGGCCGACCGCCAUCCAAGACCCCAGCGCAUUCCAUCGCGAUGUCGUCAGCUGCGCCGACGAGUCAGCCACCGCCGAGGAGUUCUACGAUAACCUCUCCGCGCGCAGAGACCAGAGAAUAAGAGAGAUCAGUGACGCAUGGGAGGAAACCAGCUGUCUGCUUGGAGGAACGCCGGCCCUGUGGUCGCACUGCUGCGCAGCGGGCGACGAGCACGACGGCGACGCGGGAAAGGACUGCCCAGCCCAUCGAUGGAGAGCGUUUGUGCAGUUCUGCAGAAGCAUGUCGUUUGAUCGCAUGGUCAUGUUCUUCGACGAGUAUGCCAGCGACGAGCGCAAACGCCAGCAGACGGAAAGAGAAGAGGCCCGGAAAACCCUGGAAAGGUUGUGCCCUCUUCCGCCGUGCACUUCCAUGGAGGGCGAUAACGCGAAGGAUUCAAACCCUCUCCUCGACUCAGUGUCAGAUUCCGAGCCACACACCGCGGCAGAAGCCAACACAAGCGUCGUGGACGCCACGAACUUGGAUCACCAUCCAGAUGUGGGGUCAACAGACCUGCCGUCGCCGCGAUCCGUGUCGUCAAGUCCAGUUAACACCCAGAAGACGAGGAAACGGGGGAGAGGCAACGUGUACGCAGGUCACGAGGACGAAGACCAAUUGGAAGGAUAUUCGGCGAGGCGUCCGAAAAGAAGACGGGGACUUGCGGGCACGGUGGACGAGGCGCAGAGCAGCAGUGCCAUGGGAACCAAGCCUGAUUCUGUUGGCACCGCUCCGAAUAGCUCCCAAGUCUUCAAAACCAGCCCAACCCGCUUUCAGCCUUCACCCCACUAUCCUAAUGCCGUCAACUACUGCCCUUUGUUUGCGACCUGGGCGCUGGCCACGAUCGACCGCAGGCUGCUCCAACUCGCCCUCGAGGUCGGCUUCCAUGACUACUAG